UUUUAUACGCCGGAUAGACGUGCGGCGCUCACCGAAGCCGGCGGACGUGUUUCGCGAGGGAUCGCCGAGAGAGCAGCGGCGCUUCGAGAGCAGGAGGACGCGCCUUGCAAAUUGCAUCGCGACCUGGCGGUCGCAUCUCCAAAGGUUCAGCAUGAGCAGGGAAGGGUUUUAGCAACGGGCGGAGCGCGAAGCUAAGAACGCAUGCCUAAAUCAGCCCGGGAAGCAGCUAACUUGCUGACUAAGCGGCUAACGGGUCACUUCUAGGGGAUAAUAGAUCGCCGACUGGUGUCCCGAAGAUUCAUCAGAAAACUGGUCGAUUCUCAUGGCAGCGCGGAAACUCGCAGCUCUCUUCGCCGCGAUCUUACAACUUUGCUUAUGCCAAAUCACCCCGGACGUGUUGCCCGAGUUCUUAGCUCCUUUGGAAAAUCACACGGUGAUACAAGGCCGCGACGUCUUCUUCACCUGCGUCGUUAAUCACCUGCAGUCUUACAAGGUAGCCUGGAUUAAGUCGGAUUCCCGUGCGAUUCUGGCGAUACACACGCACAUGGUGGCGCACAAUUCCCGGCUGUCAGUCACGCACAACGGACACAACACAUGGAAACUGCACGUGGCGAACGUUCAGAAGAACGAUUCUGGCACGUACAUGUGCCAAGUCAACACUGACCCGAUGCGUAGUCAGAUGGGGUACAUGGAGGUGGUGAUACCACCCGACAUAAUGGACGACGAGUCCUCAGACGGCAUGGUGACCCACGAGGGCGGCAAUAUAAAGCUGCGGUGCGUCGCCACGGGGUCGCCGAAACCGAUCGUCACUUGGAAGCGGGAGGACGGCCGCAACAUCGUUCUCCGGGAGGACGGGCAGAAACAAUCUGUCAAGACCUUCGUCGGCGAGACGCUGGAGCUAGCAGGGGUGCUUCGACAAGAGAUGGGCACGUACCUGUGCAUAGCCAGCAACAACGUGCCGCCGACGGUCAGCAAGCGUUACUCCGUCGACGUUCAUUUUCAACCUCUUAUUAAAGUGACGAAUCAAUUGGUGGCUGCGCCGGUUAACAGCGACGUCGUGCUGCAAUGCUACGUCGAGGCGUCUCCGCACGCCAUGAACACUUGGUACAAAGAUCCAGACGAGAAACUGCUGCCCAGUAACAAGUACACGAUGUCGGAGUUUGCGCUGAGCGAUUACUCCUGGCAAAUGAAUCUCACUGUCAAUUCGCUGGAAAAGCAGGACUUCGGCGGAUACGUGUGCUCGUCCGUCAACGCGCUUGGACGGGCCGACGGCGUGGUGCGAUUGCAAGAACUGCACCUGUCCGCCAAGACCACGCCGACGACGCUGACGAAGAACACUGACCUGAGGCCACGGAAGAAACCGGUGAUGAAGGGCAAGAAGAAGAGCAACAGCAACAAUGGCAGACGGGGACACUUGGGCGGCCUCGAGGAGAUUGACUCGAUCGGCGGCGAUGACGACCUCGGUACCACGCAGAUCAUGUCGGGCAGCACUCCCCAGGAGGGCCAGAGGACCGACAGGCCCGUCGUGCCUUCUUUGCCGCCGCCCUGGGUCAUCCUGAACGCCGGCAACUUCAGGCACCCGUCGCUGUCGACCACCACGAUCCUGCUCUUGCUCCUUCUGCCGACUACCUUGUAAAACGGCGCCUCGACGACCGACGACGAGGAGCUUCCAAGGGCGGCGACGACGGCAGUCGCGAGAGAGCGGCAAGCCGGACUCGCAAAGAUCCGAGGUAGACCGCGAACUUUCGCGAACGGACGAGCAGGUAGAGGAAUUUAUUUUUCGAGCGUGAACGCUGAUUAACGCUGAUUGCUCCCCGAGAGAGAGAGAGAGAGAGAGAGAGAGGGGGGGAGGGAGGGAAGGAGGGAGGGAGAGAACUCGAGUUCCCGGAGCCGACGUGCACCCCUUUGUCUUCCGCGAUAUAUCUACGGGCGUUCCGUUAAGUAAUCGAACAACUGCGGAAGUUUCGGAAUAACGGUAUUUCUUCAAGGCAUUUCUCCCGAGGUUGGAGGUAUUUCUUUCGACGGUGGCAUUUGCAGUGGCUGCAAUUGUACUCUCUGUGAUUCCAUCUUCUUCCCCCUCGAAGCGAGUGUCCCAAUCAGCGAGCGAUUUCGUCGCAAGGAAAAAUCAGUGAAUUAUAAUAGAUACACGCGUAGCUUCUUCAACCAAAGCAGCUCAGGGUUGAUUCUGUUGGGAGGUUCGUGUGUUGUAUUUUUCUAAUUUCGAGAGACUUCGGCAUCCGUUCAUACUCGCUGCGAAGUGGCCGAGGGCUCGUCCAGUGACGCGACAUUUUGAUUUGUUUCUUUCUCCCUCACCGACGUGAUCUCUAGUCUUGGCGAAGCUGAAGAACAUCUGCGGAGGCCGGCCGGCAAACAGACACCCGACGUCAACAAGGUAAAUUUCUGAUCGAGUCGAAUUGUUGUUGUCUCCUGAUCUUGAUCGAAGCUGGUCCUGCAACAUGAUGACACGCAAAAUUAUCAAAUUAGCCAGGUUAUUAAUUAGGAUUCACCUUGUAUUUCAUAUCGAUGAACUGCGCGUGCCUUUCUUCUUACGGAAUAAGCAAUCUCCCGCCUUUGGUCUCUUCACUCGCGACGACCCGCGUACAGUUACAUCCCGGAAAACGAUCAUCUCCGCAUCGUGAAUUACGAAAGUUCCCCGCGGCGCGUAAACGAAAAGAAGUGAUCGUUAUAUAAAGGUGCCUGAAUAUUACAGGCUCUCUCUCUUUCUCUCUCUCUCCCGCCUUAAUCAUUAUUUGCUGCACCUUAUCUUUUUGCAGUGUCAAAAUGCUUUCUCGGAUUACUCGCGCUCCGCUCCGAGUAUCGAUCGUGAAAUCCAAUACCUUUGAUGAGUAGAAAACCAAUCUCUUUAAGGGGAGAAAAGCCCGGUUCCGACGGGCGGAUUCUGACGUCGCGCGUCUCGUUGGUCAUUAUCUUCAUUACCCCCUAUCGUACAAAUCUCCCCGCCGCCCCUUGCCGCGCAGCUGUCCCGGGGCUUUUAUCUCCGAAAAAGAGAGAGAGAGAGAGAGAGAGAGAGAGAGAGCGCGAUUUUCAAGUAAACAUUAACAAUUCGUCAUUAACCUUCGCUGCCGGGAAAUCCGACCCGCCGCCGGCCCGCGACUUAGGAGAUCGCUUCCUCGCGUGCCGCAGCCGCCUCCAUUUCCAUCGCAAACAGCGAUCUAAUCAUCGCAAGCAGCCUGUGUAUACGCACGGCUCUAAUUACAAUUCACGCGCGCGCAUGCUCACCUACUUUUCAAUGGAGCUGAAGGAACGGCACGUCAUAUUUGCUUUCUCGCUCAUCGCGAUAUCGCGGACGUCCCCGCGCGAGGCUGCUGCAAAUCCAGGAUGGUGAUUAACGAGUCAACUCGGGUGAGGAAAGGGCACCCUCGUGAGUCUUCAUUACCGCCUUAAGAGCGACGCAAAGAGACGCGCCGUGCGUAUCCGCACAGUCCUAUCCGGCUGGCUCGGUCCCUCUGGUGAAGACUGCAAAUACGACCGGACUCGGUUCAAUUCGGCCAAGAUGUGCACCACAGAGAAGGCUACUCUCUCUCUCUCUCUCCCCCCUCUCUCACAUUCUCUCUCUCUCUCUCUCUCUCUCUCUCUCUCUCUCUCUCUCUCUCUCUCUGCUCGCUCCGCCAACGGCGGCAUGCUGUGCGAGCCGCGACCGACAUGACAGCCUUGGCAUUCCGCGCAGCUCGUUUUCGCGCGACUGCGAUCUCGAUUUGACACUUUGCGAACUCGGAGUGGGAGGUGCGACCUUCUCCCUCUCUUUCAUUGGCCGCGAAUUGAUCUCUUGCUUAGUGAUUGCGCUCGGGCCUGUCGAAGUGGCAGCCCAAUGUCUAGGGAGAAGUUCUGUCAGCAACUCUGUGCUGAAUGUUGAGGCCAUGUUGUGCCGGUCUGCGUGCGUCGCUUCAGGGUCGCGUAGUUAUUGGGUACACAGACAAGUUGCCUCAAAACGUGACGAUUGAACGACUCGAGGGCUGUACCUUUCAGUGCGAUUUACGUAUCGUGUUACAUUAGUUGUCGUUCAGAAAAAUUCCUAGAAUUGUGAGCAACAAAAAUCGGCGAGGACUCUUCUGAGUACCGAAGACGUGGAAGCGAAGGGGACGCGCUCGGCGAGGAAUUUUGUCGUGAUAUACCUGUCAGACUUUAUGUUCCAGCGAGUCCCGAGUCUCUCUCUCCCUCCCUCCCUCCCUCCCUCCCUCUCUCUCUCUCUCUCUCUCGCUCGCGUGCGCGGAGCGGCGUAAUUGAAUCCUGCGUCUCUCCUCUUGCAUUUCCCAUAUCGCGCUUUGAGGCUCCGCGAUGGUUCGCGACAGGGGCGACGGCGUAAAAACAAGGAAAUUGGUCUUCCCCUUUAUUCGAUGUAACGAGAACGUACCUUUAGACGCGAUCGCGGGGACGUAGUCACUGCGGCGCGACCGAAAGAAGAAAAGAAGAAAGGCGGAAAGAAAAGAGAAAAGCAGAAGCGAGCGGCGAGGUCUCUCUGACAAGUUCUCUGUAAAUAUGCGCGGACGGUGUCGGCGCGUUUCAGACGUAACCGGCGAUUAAUCGGACUGUAGAUAAAAUACAGGUCAAACAAGUUCGUGCAUCGCGCUGGCCGAGCGACAUCGCACGGCGGAACGCGGAGGAAGAAGGGGAAUCCCGGGACGCCGAGGUACAAAUGUAUGUCGGAACUGUGCUGGACGAGCUCUCCUCGCCCGGUCGACGUCCGCGCGCACCGCGAGGUUCAUCGAGAUCAUCGUGACAAUUGCAUUUAACUGUUUAACGGGCACUGCACGGCAAAAGGAAAGAAAGGGAGAGCGGAGGAGAGCCAAACAUACGACAGCGAAGACGGAGCAGUAAAUAAAUGAAAGAGUAACAUGUGCUGUUGAAAAAAGAAAGAGGAAGAGAAAGGACGCGACUUGCGACAAAUUAGUUUCCCCUUUGUCCUUUCUCCCUUCGUUUUUCCUUCUCCGUGAUGUCCGACGAGGCGCGCCGGCGAGUACGCGAAAUUCGCGCGAUGCAUGAAUCUGCUGACUCCACGUUAAGGAUGCUAUUCAGAGACAACGUGUAAAACCGUAAUAAUUUUGCUAAGGUUAUGUCAUUCAGAGACAUUUCCCCGAAAUGGUUUAAAUUUGGCAUCUCACAUUUAAUCGUCCGAAAUUUAUCUUCAGAUACUUCGGGGCUAACGAAAUGCAAUCACCAGGGAAUCGUCGAAGCGCGACUUUUGAGGUUCGUGUCUAUAUUGUCACCCUAUUUUUUCUUUUCAAUUUGUGACAAUGAAAUUAUUGUUAAUGCAUACAUUAAAUAAAAUAAAGCGAUGGCUAAUUGGAGCACAAGGAGAAAAGUUUCCUGGCGGAUUCGAUAUUAAAAAGGGAGAACAAAUAACAUCGGCAGAUCAUUCUUGAUGAUAUCAACGGAUACGAAAAGUUAAACCUUAGACUACCCCUACAGGUAGUUUAAGCUGGGCUUAAUACAAGAUACUGAAUCAUAAAAAGGUGUCUCUGAAUACAGACGCCGCUAGUCUCUUCUUGUACUAUUGUUAGACCGCGACUCCAACCGACAGCUCGUUUUGUCUCUGAGUAGCACUCUGAGAGUUCUCGCGAAUCGAUGUUCAUAUUCUCGUCGCUUCGAGACGGAGGAGAUCCAGGAGAAUCAGCGAGUUGUUCCUUCCGCUCGGCCGCCGCGAGGGGACGCACGUGGUAGCCACGGCAGUGGAUACGGAGCGCUUUAUCAUCGGGAGCUCCUGUACCGUGCGGCGAUUUUCGGAGCAAGCUGUAUAAUAACGUUCCACGCGAGUUCUUCUCUUUAUGCGUCAAAGGACGCGCCUCCAUCGACAAGAUUCGCUAGUUUUUCGCCGCUACGCUACGGGAGUAGCCCCGGGCGCAUAAAUUGCAAAGUGUCUUCCGAAAUGUUGCUAUAUGCGAACGCGGGGAAUCCCCCGCCGUGCGGGGCUGCACGGCGGAAAAGAAGCUGAGCGUGAACGUACUCGCUUCUCCGACAAAACGCCAGGCUACACCAAUAAGCUGCACCUCUGUUGCGUUUUACCCGUUCCUUUUGAUUCUCCAUAUUUUAUACGCGUAUUUACAGACGAAGUCGUAACUAGGCUACGGCACACGUAACGAGCGCGCCCUAGCACUUAAUUACGACUCCGCUUAUAGAUAUGUAGAGAGAGAGAGAGAGAGAGAGAGAGAGAGAGAGAGAGAGAGGAAGAUCGCGAGGAGAAUUCACGAUGAGCUUCCCUGGAGUCGAGAGCGGUUGCAUUAAAAAAAAAAGAAUGUAGAAAGAAAGAAUCAAAAGAACGCACCAAAACGGGCCACUCGCCGAUAUAAGAUACAAAGAAUCGACAAAGUACAAAAUAUUUCGUCGCGUAAGAAGGUGGGACUCACGUUCGAAAAAUUCCACUUCAAAGUCAUGAUCCCCUUCCCCGCCCCUCGUUCCAACCCCUCCCCUGCUACCGAGGCCCCGCGACCGUGUCCCACAGAAAAAAGGCCCCGUUUCGUCUUCCACGAUAUUUUCUUAACUUUCCAUUGAGCGAUCCGUUGAGCCGACGGGGACGCGAACCCCGGCGGGGGCUGAAUGUGCGCUCGACUAUCGCAAAUUGCUGCGGCUUAGUUCUCGGUCGGUGCACUUUUUUACGACUAGAUGAGCCGACGUAUAUGCUGUAGUUCGUAUCCAAAGCGGAGGGCACGACAAUAAAUACGGUGUUGUAGGUGAGGUCCCGUCAGAUCGAGAAACGUUUGUUCGGCUUAAAAGCUCGCUAGAAAACGCCGGGCGGUUUAAUUCCCCUCCCUAGCCGCUGCUCCCCUCCCGCCGCGCGCGAAUACGCAUUCCCCUUUUUCCUUUUCUUUUCCUCGCCGAGUAAAAAAACAGAAACACGCGCACAUAUGUAGACCGAUUUAAUGCAUACCGCGCUUAAUGCGCGAGUGGUAUCGCGUCUUGCCAGAUCACGCGCGACCUGUUGAGGCUCGAAGAUUGCCGCAAAUCGACACGGACGGACGAAGUAUCGGCUGUCGGCUGCGCAAAGUAUAUUCUUCCUUCGUUCGUUUGCGAGCCGGCACUCCGUAGUGCUAUAUUUCAGGGAAUCGAUACCGCGCGCUCCCGAUACACGGAGGCACCUCCGCGCUUUAGAUGGCCUAUAAUUCGCGGCGGAAUCCAGGACGGAAGUCCGCUCGCGAGCGGCAACUUUGAAGAAUCGUAAUUACAUUCACAGCAUGUAUGGCCGCGCGUCUACGCAGAUCUCGAUACUGGCCAAUCCCGUUUUAGAGCACUCUGGGACUGUCGCGAAAUCAGUUUCGGAAGAUUCAGUUUUAGUUACAAAGUUGGCAGGCCUUAAACUAAUUUAGAUAUGUUUCGUCAUUGAUCAGCUGAUCGAUUAUCA